CUCCAUGUGCUCUCACACCUCGCAUAUCACCGCUGGCAAAUCUCAAGAGCACGAUGCCCACACUGAAGCCACUCGCUACAUUUGCGCCGCCUUGCAAUACACGGACUUGGCUCUCAACACCUCAUCCUCAUCUACCGAUAAUCGCAACGGCAUGUUCAGACAAGACAGUCCGCGUGUAUUCGCUCCAGAAUUUCCAACAACAGUCUGUGAUAUCAGGUGGGCACAAGCGCAGUAUCAGGAGCUGCGCAUGGAAGCCGAAUAGCGUGGGCGAGAGUGUUUUGGCAACGGGCAGUUUUGAUGCUAGCGCGGGGAUCUGGAAGAGAUGGGAGGAGGGCGCGGGAAGUGGGAGUGUAGGCGGGCUUGGAGCUGGCGGUAACGAGGUUGAUUUCACUGGCGGACUGGCAGGCGGGGACAAAGAUGGUGAUGAGGAUGAUGAUGAGUGGAGGUUAGAGGUCAUACUCGACGGGCACGAUUCGGAGAUCAAGAGCUUGGCAUUCUGUCCGACUGCUCCUCUACUGGCAACGUGUUCCCGAGAUAAGAGCGUCUGGGUAUGGGAAGAGCUGGAUGAAGACAAUUUCGAGACCAUGGCGGUGCUGCAGGACCAUGAAGGCGAUGUGAAAUGCGUUGCUUGGCAUCCAGAAGAGCAGCUGUUGGCCAGUGGGAGUUAUGACGACAGAAUCCGGCUAUGGCGAGAGGAUAUAGAUGACUGGGCAUGUUGUACGUUGCUCGAUGGCCACAAAGGAACAGUGUGGUGGGUAGAAUUCGAGCCUGCGAGUCGGGUGGGAAAGGUUACCAACGGAGAAGUGAGUACCGAUGAGCAGAAAAAGGCCAUAGAAGAGAGGACGAAGGCUGGACCCAGAUUAAUGAGCUGCUCAGACGACAAGACGAUACGAGUAUGGCGACGAAUACCAAAGGACAAGCCAGAAGCGCCAACUGGACAAGGCCGCAUGCCGACCAUCUGGAAGAACAACGACUUUGAGGAAGAGUGGGUUGAAGAGGCACGAUUACCACAAGUACACGAACGCCCAAUAUACUCGAUCAGCUGGAGCGAGAAGACUGGUAGAGUCGUGAGCGCAGGUAGUGACGGUUUGAUCUUUGUGUAUGAGGAGAGGUGGAGAUCCGGCGAAAGCAAAGACACCGAGAUGACCGAUCUGACGCCGCCUCCGGAGGCGAACGAUGCUGUUAAUCAGGCCAAUUCGCCUACAGAAUGGGUUGUGAUUGCGCAGAUCGAGAAUGCGCAUGAUGUUUUCGAGGUCAAUCACGUUGUGUGGUGUCCACGCUACGACAAAGGCAAGACUUUCGAUGACGAACAGAUUAUUGUCAGUACCGGUGAUGAUGGCGAGGUCAAAGCAUGGGUGGUUGAAGAUUGA